UCCGCUGACGCAAGUGGCAAAGCGACUGGCAGAGAGGCAGGAUCUGCAGGGGGCAAAAUCAAAACAGGCCAAAGAAAGACUUACCGUUUCAGUGAGGCCCAAGGAUGCCUGCUUCGUCCUAGGGGACAAGAGUGUGGCCAUCAUAGAAGAAGUUGGAGAAAAUGGAAAUUUCAAUUGCAGAUUUAUUCCUGAAAAGCACACGUCAAACCUUUUCAUAACGCCAUGUGAAUCAAAGCUGAUCGAUAUAGCAUUUAUUGGCAAUACCACAUACCGCAUGGCAAGCACAAAAAUCCUUCAAUCCAGUGACCUAAAGAGGAAAGCUGUGUGCAUCCCAUACAGAAGGGGGCAUGCAAUUUUUCCACUUCUGCAUAAUUGAACAACGAGAUUAUGGCGUUUGUGAGGGCUGUGUGGCAGGAGGGCGAUAAAGUUUUUGAAGGGGUGCUGCCAAUAAAUUGGAUUGACGAAGAAAGGAAAGUCCUCAGAUGGCCAAAAAAGGGACGGGCGUCGGCCUGGAAAAACAAAACGAAUCCAGCUGGAGACUGGCUGGACUUUCCCCUCAUAAAAAUAAAAUUUACUUCAGAAAGUGAAAAGGAGUGCACUGAGUUUAAUUAUACAUCGUCAGCACAGACAGAUUCAGAAGACCCUCCAGAACUGGGGAAAAGGGCAAUAAAAAGAAAGCAAUUUUCUGAUUGUAUUGAAGAACCAGAACUAUCAGAUGAAGAACCCAGACCCAAAAAAAGCAAAAGCACAGGACUGCUCAGCAAGCCACCAAAGCCACCAAAUAUGACUAAUGAGACACCCAGUGUCAGAAACCAGGACCAGACCUCUUUGGAUAAUACCCCAACUCUAGAUUCAUCAUAUACCCACCCCCAGAGGAGCCCCUCCCCCUCCAAUCAUUCUGAUGUUGGGGGUGAGUCCUGGCAGGAUAGCUCACCUUCAUCUCCAAGGAACCAGUCCAUAAGGAGCCCCUCUCCCUCAUCCAGUCAUUUUGGGAACCACAGAGGAGGCUCCCAUUCUGGUGGUCCUCCUAGAGCCUCAAACAGCCAGUCCAUAGGGACCCCCUCUCCCUCAUCCAGUCAUUCCAGGAACCACAGAGGAGGCUCUCGUCCUGGUGGUUCUUCUCGAGCCUCAAACGGCCAGUCCAUAAGGACCCCCUCUCCCUCAUCCAGUCAUUCUGGGAACCACAGAGGAGGCUCCCAUUCUGGUGGUCCUCCUAGAGCCUCAAACAGCCAGUCCAUAGGGACCCCCUCUCCCUCAUCCAGUCAUUCCAGGAACCACAGAGGAGGCUCUCGUCCUGGUGGUUCUUCUCGAGCCUCAAACGGCCAGUCCAUAAGGACCCCCUCUCCCUCAUCCAGUCAUUCUGGGAACCACAGAGGAGGCUCCCAUUCUGGUGGUCCUCCUAGAGCCUCAAACAGCCAGUCCAUAAGGACCCCCUCUCCCUCAUCCAGUCAUUCCGGGAACCACAGAGGAGGCUCUCGUCCUGGUGGUUCUUCUCGAGCCUCAAACGGCCAGUCCAUAAGGACCCCCUCUCUCUCAUCCAGUCAUUCCAGGAACCACAGAGGAGGCUCCCAUUCUGGUGGUUCUUCCCGAAGUUCAAACAGCCAGUCCAUGAGGAGCCCCUCUCCCUCACCCAGGAACCACAGAGGCUCCCGUCCUGGUGGUUCUCCUUUAGCUUCAAACAGCAUCAGGGCCCGCUCCCCCAGAGAGAGGAACAGUGUAUUCCCCAUGGAAAAUUACAAAUUCCAGAGAUGUGUGAAGAAAAAAUUGGUGGAGAUCAUGGAGGUGGUGAAAAGAAUUGAGGCGGACCACCAAAGGGGAGGGACAUACCUAUUAAAAACCAUGUCGACCAUGGACGAGGUCCUCAUGUUAGAAGACAAGCUCAAUCAGGAGGAGAGACAGGCUCUGAUGGCACAGUUAAGCAAGGUCGGGGGGAAGGACAUAAAAGACUGUGUUGCAAAAAUUUUGAACAGAUUGAUGACGAAUGGCCUGAUGUCCCAUUUCAAUAUGAUGGGCCAUGGUGGGAAGACAGCUUUUAAAGCAAUGACUCUCUAUGGCGUCCUAACAGCUGCUGUUAAAAAAUGGAGUGAAAGGGCCACCGACCAUGACAUCGGGAGAGCUGUGGCAGAUCAAUUAAAACAUGCGCCUGGACGCUCCGGUGGUGGAGGCAAGAACAAUUAAUAAAGGGAUAAAGAAAGCAAUCAGUUAUUAAAAUGUUUUGUUUGACUUAUAGGCCUGUAAU